AUGGUACCAGUGGAAAAGACAAUUCCAAAGAAAUCAUUCUACUACAAAUUCCUUUGCAAAUGGUUCAUAAUUUUAUUUUUUGUUAGCCUAGCAUUAGUCUGCGGCAUUUUGGCACUCUUAAUUCAACGUGAUAGUCAACAGCGAUAUCGGCUUAUAGAUCAUUGCCUUAAUAUUAAUUUCUCCGUGCUACAAGGUUUCGUGGGCAUGCCAUUUUGGUUCCGUACGCGUAGUUCACGUCUACAUAAGUUCAUAAGCAUUAUCAUCUCCUUUGCGGGUAUAAAUUUUGGUGCUGCCUACGUUGCUUACUUGCAGAGUUACAUCGUAAACUCACCCACGGAAGCGCCUGCCUUGACAAUAGAUGAUUUAAUCGCAAAUAAUGUUCAAAUUGCUAUGUCGAAGGAAAUACUCUCAUACAUGGAAAGUGGAGAGAUGUCAAAGUUAUAUAAUAAGUUUACUCUUUUUAAAAACUUAACUGAAUUAAUCCUGCUACGCAAUAAUUUGGAUCCACGCUAUGCCUAUACAGUCACGAAUAUGUGGACAAUUCAUGCUGAACAACAGAAGUAUUUCGCUCGACCACUAUUUCGUCUCUCGGAAAUCUGUUUUAAAAAGGACGUAUCAUUGGUAAUGCCAUUGAAAGCGAACUCAAUUUUUCGUCAGAGUUUAAGCCACUUUAUCAAUAGAAUAGUUGAGGCUGGUUUGAUAUUUCAUUGGUUGCGAGAGUCAUUUUUUGAGCUUGUAGCAAUGAAAUGGAUUUCGCUAGAAGACCCAAGCACUCGGCAAACUUUUACUCCACUGAAAUUGGAGGACUUGGAAGUCAUAAUUACUAUGUUUACCGUUUUAAAUGUUCUAAGUUUCUGUUGUUUUCUCUUGGAGUUUUUUUGGGCGAAAAUUGAAAUGUUUUUCAAAACUAUGAAGGUUAUUAUUCGUAGGUUAAAACGAAAAUAG